AUGGCCAAUGCCGUGAUCGCCAAGCGGGAAGGCCCCCAGUUCAUCAGUGAAGCCGCCGUCCGAGGGAACGCAGCCAUUUUGGAUUACUGCCGGACGUCAGUCUCUGCCCUCUCAGGAGCGACCGCUGGGAUCCUGGGCCUGACCGGCCUUCACGGCUUCAUCUUCUACUUCCUGGCCUCCGCCCUCCUCUCCAUCCUCCUGGUGCUGAAAGCCGGGCGGCGGUGGAGCAAGUACUUUAAAUCCCGAAGGCCCCUUUUCACCGGAGGGCUGAUCGGGGGUCUCUUCACAUAUGUCCUCUUCUGGACUUUCCUCUAUGGCAUGGUACAUGUUUACUAG